UUUAGAAACAGCAGUUCAAUAGGGAAUGCCAGGGGGCAGAGCCUGAGACGUCCAUUUUCACACAGAGCAGUGAUGGACUCAUCGGCGCCUCCUGGCCUCUCUCUGGUCUCCGUCUUGUCUCUGUUAGCAUGCAGUGGCCAGCUGUUGGCAGCUGUCCUGCUAACACGCAGGUAUUGUGGGCGGAGCUCUACACAGAACUGGUGGAUCUUGCUGUGGCUCUUUUAUGAUGUCAUUGUCCAUCUGACGCUGGAGGGUCCGUUUGUUUACAUGUCUCUGGUUGGGACAGUGGAGGCUUCUGAAGGGCCACUGGCUGAGCUCUGGAAGGAGUACGGGAAAGCCGACAGUCGCUGGCUGGUUUCUGAUCCGACGAUCGUCUCCAUCGAGAUCCUGACCGUCGUCCUCGACUCGCUGCUAGCUCUCCUGCUUAUACACGCAGUACUGAAGGACAAGUACUACAGACACUUCCUGCAGAUCGCUCUGAGUGUGUGCGAGCUAUACGGCGGCUGGAUGACCUUCUGUCCCGAUUGGCUGAUGGGCAGCCCUCACCUGAACACAUCCUCCUUGCUCUACCUAUGGGUCUACCUGGUCUUAUUUAAUGGAGUCUGGGUCCUGGUCCCAGUCCUGCUGCUGCUCCAGUCCUGGUUCAGCCUAAGGAGUCUGCACGUGCUCAGAGCGGACCAAAGCAAAGCAGCUAAAAGACAGUGAUGUCAGUGAUAUGGUUUAAACUGAUUGAUGGGGCCGAGUCCGAGGAUCAUUUAAAUAUUCAUCUGAUGUCAGAAUCAAUCACCACGAUCAAUCGUUUGAAAAAUAAACAUUUUAUUAUAGAUACA